AACUUGACUCAUCCAGGGGACGUACCCUGGUUGUUCAGCACAAGUUUUUUUUCUGUAACAUUUUCCUUUUAACAACUGCGGUGUAUUGUCACAUGGAGACAGCAGACCGACGUUCAAGCUAAACAAUCCCUUCAAGGAAUCGAACGGUUUUUUUCAUCAUUUCCCAGCCGUUAUGUUUUUGUUUACAUGAGUCCAGCCCAAACUUGCUGUUCACUUCCUUCUCCCCGCCGACGUGGUGAUCCGUGGCCGUCCUACACACCAAGUCCUGCGUGAUGAGCACCCUGCACCAGCAGCAUCAUGGGAGUCCAGGCUCGGAGCGAGACCUCAACUCGGCGGCCUCCUCAGUCAGCCUGCCCUCGGUCAGGAAGACCCCCAAAAAGCGCCGCCUGUCCCUCCAAGCGCUCUUCGGCAGGCGACGUCGGGCUGACCGUGACCCCAAGCGCAAGUCCAGAGCCGCGCCCGGCGGAUCCGGACCAGACGGCUCAGUCAGCGUGGACAAUGUCCCGUCGGAGACUUUGGCGGAUAGAACGUCAGCCCACUCCGUCCCGGGGGCCGUGUCGGCAUCCUCUGUGGCGGGGUCCACGUCGUCGGAGCUGCUGGAGUGCCCGCUGUGCCUGCUGCGCCGCGAUCGCGACCGCUUCCCGGACAUCAUGACCUGCCACCACCGCUCCUGCGUGGACUGCCUGCGCCAGUACCUGCGCAUCGAGAUCUCCGAGUCUCGGGUCAACAUCUGCUGCCCCGAGUGCUCGGAGCGCUUCAACCCCCACGACAUCAGCAUGAUCCUAGGAGACCGCGCCCUCAUGGAGAAGUACGAGGAGUUCAUGCUCAGGCGGUGGCUGGUGGCCGAGCCCGACUGCCGAUGGUGCCCCGCCCCUGACUGUGGAUAUGCCGUCAUCGCGUUCGGCUGUGCCAGCUGCCCGAAAAUCACGUGUGGCCGUGAAGGCUGCGGUACGGAGUUCUGCUACCACUGCAAGCAGCUGUGGCACCCCAACCAGACGUGUGACACGGCACGGCAGCAGCGGGCCCAGCACUUCCGCCUGCGCAGCUUCAGGUCCUCGUCCCUCAGCUACAGCCAAGAGAGCGGCGCCGCGGGUGACGACAUCAAGCCGUGCCCCCGCUGCGCCGCCUGCAUCAUCAAGAUGAAUGACGGGAGCUGUAAUCACAUGACCUGCGCCGUCUGCGGCUGCGAGUUCUGCUGGCUCUGCAUGAAGGAGAUCUCUGACCUGCACUAUCUGAGCCCGUCAGGCUGCACCUUCUGGGGGAAGAAGCCCUGGAGCAGAAAGAAGAAGAUCCUGUGGCAGCUCGGCACCUUAGUGGGCGCGCCUGUGGGGAUUGCACUCAUCGCAGGAAUCGCCUUCCCCGCGAUGAUCAUCGGCAUCCCAGUUUACGUGGGCAGGAAGAUCCAUAAUCGAUAUGAGGGCAAAGACAUCUCCAAGCACAAGAGGAACCUGGUCAUCGCGGGCGGGGUGACGCUAUCCGUCAUCGUGUCUCCGGCAGUGGCCGCCGUCACUGUCGGCAUCGGUGUCCCUAUCAUGCUGGCGUACGUCUACGGAGUGGUGCCCAUCUCCCUGUGCCGGAGCGGCGGCUGCGGCGUGUCAGCGGGCAACGGCAAAGGGGUGCGCAUCGAGUUCGACGACGAGAACGACAACAUGGGCGCCGGCGCCGCAGCCACAGAUACCACCUCAGUGGCCGAGACCAGGCUCAACAACCCCAGCCUGGGCGACGGCGCCAGCGUCGGCGGCCUGACGGGCCUAAGCCUCAGCGUGAGCGGCAGCCACAUGGAGCGCUGCGGCGUCAGUUCGGCCCAACGGGACAACAUGAGCGACAACGCCAGCACGACGGCCCUCGCCGGCGCCAGCAUCACCGGCAGCCUAUCCGGUAGCUGCUACAACAGGAUGGAAGUGCAGGCUGACGUCCAGAAGGAGCGCUGCAGUCUGAGCGGCGAGUCGGCCACCGUGAGCCUCGGGACCAUCAGCGACAACGCCAGCACCAAAGCCAUGGCUGGUUCCAUCCUCAGUGCCUACAUGCCUCUGGAAAGAGACAACAGUCUGGAAGUCCAAGCAGACGUGGAGUCCAAAGAGGGGAAGGUGAGACACUGCAGCGCCAGCAGCAGCCUGGACGAAGCCAGCUGCAGCAGCGGCACGGCGGGCCUCAAAGGGGCGACCGCCGGCCACGUCCGCCCACCAUCGCCGUGGUCAAAGGAGCCCGCCGCGUCGGCGUGCAAGAAGAGCAAAGGGAAGCUGUGGAAGCGCGCCAGCGGCAAAGCGGAAUCCAAAGUGAAGCACACACGGGGAGACGCAGAUGCUCAGCUGCUGGAGCGCCGCAGCACCAACUCCUCAGAGUUCGAUUCGCCCUCGCUGAGUGGCAGCCUGCCGUCGGUGGCCGACUCGCACUGCAGCCAUUUGUCGUCGGAGCUCAGCUACUCCGACCCGGAAACCCCUAGACCGGAGACCCGCGCCGCCACCUCGGUCGCAUUGGCCGAGCCCGCUGUCGUCACGCCCAUGCCCGAGGUGGAGCACGACCGCCUGGAGCACCUCCCGCCUCAAAGGAGCCACUCUGCCUUCAGCCACUGCCUCGUGUCCACAUCGCCGCCCGCCUCCCCCAAGGAAGGUGGGGCGGUUCUCUUCAUCACCGAAGAGGGUGCAUGCGACGCCGCCAACCCCCAGGGGGACCUCAGCGGAACCACUCAUGACGCCGCCACACUGCCUGUGAGCCCCACAAGGAGGCGCUGCAUACAAACUGACAUCUAAACUUACUCACCGAUAACGUCUGUCUUAAGUGGGAGUCUGGUUACGUCCUAUUGGCUGUUUCACAGGAAGGACAGGAAGGAGAAUGUCGGCGUGGACUGGGGGUUAUGGUUUACUGAGUCGGCAAUGGGAGUCCAUGUGGUCAGACUGGCGAGAUGUUUCGCAGCGUGGAACUAGAGCAUCAAGGUCUUUUACGGAGGUCGACUUGAAUGUACGUGGGCAGGUUCAUUUUGACAUAAUAGGUUUUUUUUCAUCUCCAUCGCUGCGUCUGCCACCGUGCCGCCAUUUUUAGGGACCAUUCAGUAACACACUUUAGCUGUUGAGCACGUUUGAAGCGAAACUCAAACAGACGGUGGUUAUUUACCUUGUAUUUUGCUCCUAUUACUUGUUGGUGUCCUGCUUACUGUUAUUUUCCAUUUUGGGAAAGUUUUUUUUUUUUUUAUGUUGCAGCCCUGUGUUGGGUCCAAAGUUUUGUUUUUUUAAUCAAACAUCACAAGGCCUCCAAGAUCUGUGGUGUAGCCUUUUAUUUUCAUUAAAAAUGUUGCGUUUUUUUUAACAAGCCAGACAAAAUGGGUCAGCUAAAAUUAAUUUGCGGUUUGAACCUAUGCAAAAAAAAAAACAUUGAAGAAAGCACAUGCGUUGCUUCUCAAGUCUUUCUUUUAAUCGUCUUGGACUGACCAAAGUGACAUUUUGAAACAAGCAGUGUAGCAGCCACAAACAAACAUGCAAAAGUGGCAUCUUUUUUUUAGGUUUUAUUCCCUUUAGUCCAAACUUCACUCCUUCUUUUACUGUUAUACCCAUUUUGCUUGAAAUGUUAUAAUUGUUUGCCCCUCCUAAGUGCCUUUUGGGAAAAUCACUUUGCAAGGUUUUCCUAUUAUUGAUGCUCCAAAUGAAAGCUGUUAAGCCUCUGAAUGCUACAAGAGGAUUUUUUUUUAUUUCAAGGUACCAGACGUAGACUUGCAUAUACCAUGGCCUUUUUUUAUUUUCUAACUAGGUCACAAAAGACGUUAUGAGGGAUGUUUUUUUUGUUUGUUUUUUUAAUUAGUCUUAUAUCAUCAUUCUUAAAGACUGGUGCCAGGCUUUUUUUUCCCCCAUUUUAUAACUUGGUCAUACAAAAAAAAAGCAUAUAUUUACUAAUUAUUGGCUUUGUAACGUGCAUCUAAAUGCAUAUCUUUUAAAUAAUAAAGUUUUCAAAUGAA